AUGAUAGUAGACUUUGAAGUAUGUGAUGAUGGAAAUGUAAUUUAAUUUGAUGGUUGCUAUUAAUGUUAAUUAAGUUGUCAAUUAGAAUGCACAAAUUGUGUUGAUCAAAAAUGUUUAAGAUGUAUAGAAGGAUGGGAUCUUAUUGAUAAUUAUUGCAAACCAAAUUGUGGAGAUGGAAUCACUGUUUAUACAGAAUAAUGUGAUGAUGGUAAUUAAUAAGAUGGAGAUGGAUGUUAUUAAUGUUAGGCUGAAUGUCCUUAUUGUGAAAUAUGCAAUUACAAAAAUAAAUGUUAAUUAUGUUUAGAACAUUUCCAUUCCAUAGAAAAUAUAUGUCAUCCUAUAUGCGGUGAUAGUUAUAUAGAACCAAGUUUAGAAGAAUGUGAUGAUGGCAAUUAAAUUUAAUAUGAUGGUUGCUAUAAUUGUUAAUUAGAAUGUGAUACUAGAUGUAAGAAAUGCUAUUAUGGAUAAUGUAAAGAUAUUUGUCUAUUUGAUGAAUUGGAAAUUGAUGGAAAAUGCUUCAAAUUUAUUUCAGAAGAUAAGGGUAUUAUAAAUUCUAAUGAUUGUUCUAAAGGAUGCUAAGAAUGUGUUUAAGGUGAGUGUUUAUUGUGUUGGUCGAAUUAUAUACUACUUAGAGGAUUAUGUUAUGAAAUUGAAUGUGGAAAUGGAAUUAUAGAAUCUCUUGAAGAUUGUGAUGAUGGUAAUUCUAUAAAUAAUGAUGGAUGUUCAAAUGAUUGUAAAAUUGAAUAGAAUUGGAAUUGUUUUAGUAAGGAGACAUAAGCCAAUUAGUGUUUUUCAUCUACAUAAGUGUUUCUUGAAUAUUUGAAUUAGACAAAGUAUUUCUAAUAUAUUCAAUUGAAAUUAUCUAAAAAAGUUAUGCUUGGCAACAAUUCUAGAAUAGAUAAUUUUCCUGCUAACAAUUCUUUUAAAAUUAAUGACUUGUCAUCUGAUGAAUAUUUUAUAAAUUGCAAUCCAAUAGUUCCUAUCUCUCAAAAUGAAUAUAAGAAUAUUCAAUAUGAGUUCUAAAUUUACUUCUACUACUAAAUAAAUAAUCCUCACAAAUUUAAUGAUUAGUUUGAGUUGUAGUGGCUUUUUAAUGUUGCUUCUAGGGAGAUUUUCACAAAUAAUUUCAUUAUUAGACAUACUUUAAUAAUAGUAAUUUCUAAAAUACUUAAAUGUAGAAUAUCCUUAAAACGUCAAUAUUUAUUUUGA